CACAUUCCGGAUGUCGGUGCAGCACAAUCUCAUCUUUCACUCUCUUCUUCAUCAGUCCUCUUCCUCCUUCAGGCAGCGCGGGUCCUCCGCUGGAUGGUGCGACUCCAGCCCGGCUGUCACGCUUUGUCUCGGCCUGAGGUUUUCUGCAACCAGCCGGUGAGUUUCAGAAGAUGUAGCCGAGGUUUUGCACACCUCCGUUAUUUGAAAACUAUCCGACAUUUCUGCGGAAAGUUUUUUUUUUUGGUCCCUCCUCGGAUGGAAGAAGUUCUGAAACAAAAGCAGCCACGGGGCGGGUUUCUCCGCUCUUCUGUGACGAUGGAGAAAGCCUGACUUAGAGAAGCACAAUGUCUUGGGGCGAGUUCAUCGAGCUGCGUGACCUGAGGUCGAGCAGGGAGCCGGCAGAGCUAGCGGACGCCCGUUCGCCGUGCUCGCCUCCGCGCCUGGAGCGGACGAACGCCUUGAGGAUCAGCCCCGGAAGGGUUCCGGACCUCCUGAGCCGGGUGGGCAUCAUCCGGGUCCUGAGCAGCACCCAGGACCCCCAGCUCCCGGAGGAGAAGGGCGAAGGGCACAACUUCCAGCCCUGCAGCCACGCUCAGCCCACGUGGUGUGACCUGUGUGGAGACUUCAUCUGGGGCCUUUACAAGCAGAGCCUGCGGUGUGUCAACUGCAGAUUUACGUGUCACUAUCGAUGUCGUGCCCUGAUUCGUCUGGACUGCAGCUGGGACCGAGGCUCUGUGGCUGACCACACCRGUGUUGUGGAGCACACUGUAGAGACAGACACAAAUGUGGAUGAACAGACCGAUUCAGUAAAAGAGGAGCUGACGACAGCAGAAGUUUUACAGAAGGUCAAGGAGUACAAUGCUCAGAUCAACAGUAAUCUGUUCAUGAACAUGAACAAAGAUGGGUCCUACACUGGCUUCGUYAAGGUGCAGUUCAAGCUGGCGCGGCCCGUGUCGGUUCCGGCUCCAAAGAAAGGAGGCCACGACGUCGGAGGGAGGAGGGCCAGCGGGGUGAAGCGUCGCACUUCCUUCUACCUGCCAAAGGAUGCGUCCAAGCAUUUGCACAUAAGCUCCCGCACUACUUCUCGUGAGGUCAUCGAGGCUUUGUUGAAGAAGUUCACCGUGGUGGACAAUCCCGGCAAGUUUGCACUGUUUCAGCGCAGCGAGCGCCAUGACCAAGUUUAUGUUCGCAAGCUCUCUGAUGAAGAGCGCCCCCUCCGCCUUCGUCUGUGUUCUGGGCCAAAUGAAAAAGUCCUCAGUUUUUUGAUCAAAGAAAAUGAAACUGGUGAAGUCAAUUGGCAUGCCUUCUCCAUGCCCGAGCUGAAGAACUUCCUGCUCAUCUUGCACCGUGAAGAAGAGGAGCACGUCAAGCAGAUAGUGCAGCGCUACGCCUCGGCUCGUGCCAAGAUGCAGGAGGCUCUGUCCGGCUCGACCCCCGGCUGAAACCCACCCUCUGCUCGGGGUUCAACGUGCAACGCCUGACUGGAAGAUCACGGCCGGUCGACGCUGUACGCAAGGAUCCCAGAUAGCACGACUGAAAAAUGAACACCUCUUGAUGAACGAGAGAGUGAGAUAGGGCGCGAGAGAGAAAGAGCUAGCGCGUAUGUGCGUGUGAAAGGUUGUGAGAAAUGAGAAGUGCCUUACACCUGGAGAGUCUGAUGUGCCUGGGAGAAUGAGUUGAGAGGAGUGGAUGCUGGCAGAUGAGACGGUGGGUAUGUCCAUACCUAAUGGACAACAUUUGGACUAUCCUGUACCUCAGCAUAAAUACUGUCAAGACCUCUGGCAUUUAUACGUAUUCAGAAAACUUAGUUAUACAGUUCUUAAUGCUAAACAAAUAAAUAGUAUAUUUCUUUUUUUAAGCACUUGAAGUUAUUCUUACUUUCAUCAAUCCACCAAAAAUCCUGUUCCGUUGGUACAAAGUUUUGCUGAGAGGUAUUUGGAUUUUCUCUUGACCCAGUCUCAAAGAUCUGCCGUGUCUCAACUCCACACCCCUGAAGGGUGCAACUCGUGAUUUAGCUGCCACUUUGUGAGUAUGACUGAUGAAUGGACAUUUGUAUGAAAUUAUGAAUGUCAGAUGAGCUGUGCCACAAGUCACGCUGGUUGACUGAAAUCCUGAAUGAAGAUUGCCACACUUGCGUUGAACUGGAAGCUGCUUUUUAUUCUUUGUACGUUUGUUUUUGAAUCCAGCAAAAUGUCUGUCUUCUGUUUUUUGUUUGUUUUUUUUCUUGUCUUUGCAAUUCACUUUCUUUGUGUCUUAUCUAUGCACAAAUGUAGCUGUCUUAAGAAAUGUUGUGACGAGUGUACACUGCACUUAAUAAAACUUUGCCAGAA